GAGUCAGCUAAAUACUGAAAAAUAACAAUGGACAUUCAAACAGAAAAAGUAUACCCUCUCUGGCAGAGUAUUCGUCGUCCUCUAUAACUCUUGCCAGUCCAAAGUCAGCGAUUUUGCAGAGCAGACUCUCUGACACCAGGACAUUGGCUGCUCUCAGGUCUCUGUGGAUAUAUUUCUUAUCCUCUAUAUACGCCAUGCCCUCUGACAGAUCACUGCGGUCAAACCUCCACCUUCAGCCACCUGAAGAAGACCACUCCCCCUGAAGAUCCCCACAGAAAGCUGUGGCCAAACCUCCACCUACAGCCUCUAUAAGGAAACCUGCACAGAUGUUAUCCUACUGCCAUGUGGAGACCUGAGUGGAACAGCAAGGACCAGAGAAACACACGCAGAUAUAGUCCUUCAGUUAAUAUGCAAACAUAUUUCUGUGUUAUUAAAGCUGGCUCUCUGUUUACAUUCUGUUCACUUGUUCUUCUUCUCACAGGUGUUUUCAAACGUUGUGAAAGACUGAGCUCACACUCCUCAACAUGAACCUGACUGACUGUGAUGAUGCCUUCAUGAAACGAGAGAGCUCCACUGUACGUACAGUAUAGCAAUCUACCAGGAGCUGCUUCAGGGCCCUGAGGACAACUCCUUUUACAACAGCUCUGUUCCAGAGAUGCUUCCUCCUCCUCCACAUCCUCCACCUUCACCACCCCUCCUGCUCAUCGCCAGAACUAAGAGUGCCCCACCCCAUCUCAGCAACCACCACCAGUUUCUCCUGCAGCCACCGCCUAAGAGGAAGAGACGUAAAGAAAAAAGGAAAGGUAAAGGCGAGGCAGCGGAAGACGGUGCCCCUCAACACAAAAUCCCCCACAUGGCGGUGGAUCUGCAAGAAACGCCAGAUGAGAAGCAAGGGGCCGAGUCAUCCUCAGAAAAAGGGUCUCUAAUGGACACCCAACAGAAUGAACGAGAGAAAACAGACAUCGAGGGGAACGGAGUGAGCCAAGACAACACACUUGAAAUAACACCCACUACUGAUGACAACGCAAAAACCAACACAAAUGGUGGUGAAGAAAGCAGAACAAAAGAUGGAGGAAGUGAAAAAUUAAGCGAGAAAUCGUCCAAGACUGAGCAGAAGAAGAACGCCGACUCAGGAUCGCACCGUGCCGGGUUCGACGCCUUUAUGACGGGAUACAUUUUUGCCCAUUCAUGUACCCUGAACAAGAAGAAAGGAGUGGAAGCUGUAGGGAAGGAGGAGGAAGAGGAGUCCUGGGUUCCUUCGUGUCUCAAUAAGGUCUACCUCAGCGGUAAAUCUGCUCCUCUCAACGUGGUUAAAAGCACCUUCUCCAAAUCAUCCAAGGCCCAUGUGGCGAAGAUGGAGAUGGUUUGGGGAAAGAAAGUGUAGUGUCCACACUUGAACACAGUAUUUAAGUGUUUAUAUUAGGGCUGCAACUAAUUAUUAUUUUAAUUAGUAAUCUGCAGAUUACUUUUACGAUAAACUGUUUGUUCAAUAAAUUGUCCAAAAAUAAUAAAAAAGGAACAACCUCAAAAGACUCAAAGUCCAAGUGAUUCAAUGUUUUGUUGAGUCCAAACCUAUGGUCCAAACCCAAAGAUGUUGACUUUAAUAUAAUAUUUA